AUUGAAAGACAUACUUGCUGCAAUAGUUUCCUCAUAGAUAAGUUGAACAAGAAAAAAAAGAGAGGGGGUUGAAGAGAUGGGUAUCCAAGAAACCGAUCCAUUAGUCCAAUUGAGUCUACCACCGGGUUUCCGGUUUUACCCGACCGAUGAAGAGCUUAUGGUUCAAUAUCUAUGCAGAAAAGCAGCCGGUUGUGAUUUCUCUCUGCAGCUUAUUGCUGAAAUCGAUCUCUACAAGUUCGAUCCUUGGGUCUUACCAAAUAAGGCACUAUUCGGAGAAAAAGAAUGGUAUUUUUUUAGUCCGAGGGAUAGAAAAUACCCAAACGGGUCAAGACCGAACCGGGUAGCUGGAUCGGGUUAUUGGAAAGCUACGGGUACGGAUAAAAUCAUCUCGACCGAAGGAAAGAGGGUAGGUAUCAAGAAAGCUUUGGUGUUUUACAUCGGAAAAGCACCGAAAGGCACUAAAACCAAUUGGAUCAUGCACGAGUAUCGCCUCCUUGAACCCUCUCGUAGAAACGGAAGCUCUAAGUUAGAUGAUUGGGUUCUAUGUCGAAUAUACAAGAAGCAAUCUAGCGCACAGAAACAAGCUUACGAAAAUGUAGUCACGAGUACUAGAGAGCUUAGCCAUAAUGGUACUUCUUCACCAACGUCGUCUUCUUCUCACUUUGAAGACGUUCUUGAUUCAUUACAUCCUGAGACACACAACAGAAGUUUCGAGUAUGCUAAUCCAAACGGGUUCUCUUCACUUAGACGGGACCUAACCGGAGAGAAAACCGGGUUCAAUGGUUUAGCAGAUGCGUCGAGCGUCGAUUGGGGUAGUUUAGUAGGUAAUGUGGUGCAUAACUCGGGUACAGAACUCGGAAUGAGUCAUGUUGUUCCUAGUCUCGAGUUUAACUCUGGCUACCUGAAGAUGGAGGAAGAGUUUAACAACCCGGACGACUUUGGCUUUGCUCAAAAUGGUUAUGGUAUUGACUCGGUCGGGUUUGGGUAUCAAGGGCCAGUUGGUGGGUUUGGUUAUAUAUGAUGAUGCAAGGCUGACGCACUAAAAAGAGAGAAUUUGAGUUUUAAAUUUUGUUUUUUCUUCUGUCAAAUGUUAUGUAUUUGGAUUCCAAUUCUUUUUGGGUUUUAGAGGCAGGCUUGAAGAUUUCUGUAGAUGUACAUUUGUACUAAGUAUAUAUAUUUAAUGAAUUUGCAUAUUGAUAUGGUCGGUGCUACUUAGAAUCAGUAACGGUCCUGAGGAGAAUACAAAUA